CUCUAUGACAGAUUCUCCACCUACGAGCAAGAGAGCCCAAGGCCCAUCCUUUCCAGACUCACAUCCUUUCAGUUUAGCGAUCCCAGCAGAAAGCAUCAUCUUUCCCAAGAGCUUGUGCAUAAAAGCCCCAGGGAAGACUUUGGUUGACCUAGUUGGGUCACUUUCCUAUCCCUGAAUUGUGGUUAUGGAGAUUUGUAAUGGCCAAGCCUGGGUCACACGUCCAUCCCUGUGAUCAGAGGCAAGCAGCAUGGAUGCAGUCAGCCAAGUCCCCAUGGAAGUCGGGCUUCCCAAGCACAUCUUGGACAUCUGGGUCAUUGUCCUCAUCAUCUUGGCCACCAUUGUCAUCAUGACCUCCUUGUUGCUGUGCCCGGCCACUGCGGUCAUCAUCUACCGUAUGCGGACUCAUCCAGUCCUCAGUGGGGUUGUCUGAGAACCUUCCAGGAGGGCCAGGUGAGGGAUGAGGACAGGAGUCCCUCCCCCAGCCUCAUCCCUGUUUUCAGAAAAGCAGAGCAGCAGGAGGGACUCUGGAGCUUGGACCUUAGUUCUGGUUUUGAUUCUGCCACCGACCAGUUGUGCGAAUUUGGUUGAGGGUCCUAACUCUAUGAUUUCCAGGUUCCGUAUCUUUCAAAUGGGGACUGUGUUCCCUGCCCUUCCUACCUCGUAGGGUUGUAAGAACCAAAGGACUUAGUGGAGCCGAAAGCCGUUUGUGAGCAGUAAAGUCACCACGGACACACAAGUGAGAUGCUGAGUGCUGACGAGCUUUGAAGAACCAAAGGACCUAAUUGCUGGUGAUGGCCUCAAAGGUAGUGAGGGAGACCCUGGCAUCACAGCAGCCUUUGCCUGUGCCCCUCAGGUCGAACCACGCAAAGGGCACCCUGUCCUCAUUCCAAGGGGCCGGUGGUACAUUGGCUCAAAGUUAUACUCAUAAGGUGCCCCUCCCUUGUGUUUUCUUAGUUGGGAGGGAACUGAGUAUGGCAGCGGGAGGGAGAUGGGUAGGACUUCCCAGAACCUUCUCUGUACCAGAAUCUCUGACCCUGUGUAAUGCGGAGGAGGGCUCUGCCACCUAUUGGCAAUGACAAGGGAGCUGGGGUGAUGGGCUUCUUUCUGCCCUGGAGUCUCAUGUCUCUGUUAGCUUUGACACUCAAGCAACGUUGGAAAAUGUAGGGUGGCUGAGUUCCUUGCCCAGCUUGCAGGACCUCCAGCCCCCAUGCCCUCGUGUGCCCCACACUAGAGGAGGCUGUCCCCCUCUGCCCAGCUCCCGCUGCAGUCAGCUCCGUGUAUACUCCCUUCUCCCCCCUCCCACCAGCACUGCAGCUGAUCCAAGCAAGGUACUUAUGUUUUAAGAGACGUUCCCAGGACUUUCGGAACCAAAUCAAAACAGUGAUGGUUAUUUUAGACUCUAUGACUUAUAUUUAUAUAGAGAUAUUUUCCAGACCAUGCAAGCUCUUUGAUAUCAAAAUCAAGAGCAUCUGGGGAUUUAUUAAAUUAUGUAUGAAGACAGCACAGAUAUCCGGAUAUUAUUGUGUGAAAAUGAAGCUUUUUACCUUGAUCUGAUUUCAUUGAUGUACACAACCAAUUUCCAAUAAAGUGCUAGAAUG